AUGUCCAACUCUGCUGCUGAUGGCGUUGAACGUAAACUUGGAACUUUAUCCAAAAGCGCUUCAGUCUCAGGUGGAAAAUCUGUGCGGAAACGCUCCGCCGGUGAUACACAAGGAGCGGGUGCUGUGGAUGAAGAUGUAUUCCGACAGUCGUUUGUACCGUCAAUGUCAGUUUCGGUGUCUUCGGCCAAAGAACUUGGUGAAAUUAUGAAUCGUAUAAAAGAUACACUUUCUGGUAAUCCUGAAGAAUGGGAAAAACGCGUCGAAGCGCUAAAAAUGUUACGUGCCGUUAUCGUAAAUGGUGCACUGCAGUAUGAUGAGUUUACUUCUCUACUGAAAACACUGGAGACUUCAGUCGAUCUUUCUCUACGGGAUUUAAGAUCUUCCGUUGUACGUGAAGCUUGUAUAACUGUUGCCUUUUUAUCCCAAGAACUUCGUAAUCGUUUUGAUCGUUUCGCCGAAAGUGUCUUACAGACAAUUAUUGCCCUGAUGUCGAAUAGUGCCAAGGUUAUGGCAACUAGUGGGAUAGUUGCAAUGCGAUUUAUUUUAGAGAACACGUGUUCAUCUCGACUUCUUCCUAUCCUUACUUCUUCAUUAUUAUCAAAAUCCAACGUUACCAGAAAAUGCAUUUGUGAAUUUUUAGAAAUUAUUUUCCGAUGUUGGCCAUUAAAUGUUCUUGAGAAAAAUUUAACUACACUACAAGAUGCUUUAAAACGCGGCAUUUCAGAUGCAGAUCAAGAAGCCCGUUUGUCUUCUCGUCGUGCAUUUCCAUUGUUUGCUGCUAAAUUUCCUGAACAUGCAAAUAAAUUUUUACAAAAUCUUGAUGUUCAAAAACGUAAACUCAUUGAAAAAGAUUUAAUCGCAGCAGGAUUAUCAGAAGUCACCAGUCCUGGAGACACGGGAUCAUCUCGAAGUCAAUCAAGUAGUCAAUCGAAUUUAGCACAACAAAACACUCGACGACCAAUUCGACCUGUGUUAGGCACCAGUUCGUUGAUCAAUAGUAGUCGCAGUCGUCCUCCAAUCACUAAUCAGAAUGACUAUAAUACAGUCGGUCGUUAUGUGCGUCAAGGCUCAGUUGUGUCGAAUUAUGAUGGUCGAGCGCGUCAGGCCGGUAAAAAAUUGGUCUCUCAAUCGCAACCUACUAGUCGUGAAGUCUCUCCUUCACGUCUAGCUUAUUUUGCAUAUGGUUCUGGAAAUGCAGUAACAAACAAUGUGAUGAUUGAUUCACAGAAAACUCCACUUCAUUCAAUGAAUAGUCGUAACGGUGGAGUUGGACUGAACACUACAGAACGUAUUCGUUUAGGCAUGAGUUCACGUGUUCCUCGAAGUCAAGGUGCAAGUCGUGAACCAUCACCUACGCGAUCAACAGCAAGCGGAUAUACAGUGUCUUCACUUCAGCAUAAUAAUAUACAGCCUAGUGGAAUUGGACAAAUGAAUUAUCGUAAACAACAAAGACCAUCGCUCGGCACCCUUAGUGACUGUGGUGAUAUUCCAGAUGGGCCUCUAUAUGGUCGACACUAUUCAGUUGGCAGUAAUCGUGCUCCAUACGGUUCAGAUGAUAACUUCAGUGAGACAUCAUCACAGUGUUCUGAACGUUCAGGUCGUUCAGCGCCUGGUUAUCGUCGUCCAUCUUCAACAAAAGUGACAACUAAUUUAAAAGAGAUUAUUUCCCAGUUGCAAGCAGUUCAAUGGUCUGAUAAGAAGGAUGGUUUAACAAAUUUACAGAAUUACAUGCGUUCUGGUUAUCCAUUAAACCCUGAAGAUAUUCGCUGUUUGACGGAGAUUUUUCGAAAAUGUUUGCUGAUUCACAGAGUAAAGUUGUCAGUUUAUUCAUGGAUACUUUGCAAUUCUUUAUCAAAGAAUAUAAUCCUUUACUUCGUGACUGCACUUAGUAGUCAUCAAAAGGCUAUACAAGAGACACUUUUUGUCCUUCGGUCUCAUUUCCCUUUAAAUUCACAGUUUGCUAAUUGUUGUCAUUUCAUCAUGGAUAAUGCACAGGCGCCUAAUUUUCGUGUUAAAACCUGCUUGUUAGAAUAUAUGAAAGACUUAAUUCUAAUGAUGAGUCCAGAUGUGAUUGCAAAUCCAACUAAUGAAAUGACUAAUGCAAUUGGCAAAAUUAUCAGUUGGUCUGGUGAACCGAAAUCAGCUGAUGUUCGACGUAUGGCUUCUCGAGUUGUUAUCAAGUUGUUUGACUUAAAUCCUUCAAGUUUCUCAAAUCUGUUACAAGCUCUUCCACGUACAGCUCAAGAUCGUGCACAUGAAGUACUUAAAACUUACCAGAAAACAGCUACAGGAGGUGGUUUGAUGAGUUUUAGCGAUGGGAAUCACAAUCCUCCAUCAUGGAAGUCAUCGUCUGUUGAUCAAGAACGUAUGCUUUCACCUACACCUGGUACUGGUCAACGUUCUCAAGAUGCUAGUGGUCGAAUAAGUCCUGAAAGCAUGAAUCGUAUGAUUCGUGAAACAGCAGAUGGUCUUCAAUCGCUUUCUAUUGGUAUCCCUACCUCUGUAACUAGUCCAGCACGAAGAGCUUCUGCUAGUCCAGGAUAUACAUCCCCUCUACAAUAUGGAGCACGUGUUGAACAUAUGCAUGAUUUUGCACAUACUACCAAUGGUAAUACUGGUGUACUGCGAACAAUGCAACCAAACAACUUUCUGAAUUCUCCUCCAACAGCACAACAGACUCCUUAUAUUGUUCCGUCUAAUGUAAAUCAAUGUUAUACUUCAUUACCAGUUGCUCCUAAUGAUCCAUCACUACAACCUACUUACGGUUUACGUACAAAUAAGGCUCCUAUAAAUUCUCUGAUUAACUAUGAUCCUGGCGAUGGGCCGAAAUUAAAGAAACCUGUGAUUGGUUAUCAGACUUUAAAAAAGAUACGCGAAAUGCCUCCGGAAGACAUCAUGUCCGAAAUAUUACAGGAAUUGUCGAAUCAUAAUGAACGGUAUGAACAAAGAAAAACGUGUAUGCUAAAGUUGAUCAAAUUACUACGUGAUGGUGUUGUCACCAAUUGGGAUGAAUAUUUCAAGCCGACUCUGUUGAUUCUAAUCGAAACAUUGGGUGAUGAUGGUCAUGAUACAAGAGCCCUAGCUCUCCGUGUACUCCAAGAAUUGGUACGCGCUAAACCUGAACUAUUUCAUGAUUUUGCAUAUCUGUUCGUCAUUAAAGUUCUUGAAGCUUGUCGGGAUAAUGAAAAAUCUGUUGUUCGAGCAGCAGAAGAAUGUGCCAAUACUGUAGCUCAAAAUCUCCCUCAAGAACUUUGUUUAAAUGUUCUUACUCCUUUGAUAAAUGAUUCACAGUUACAAAUUAAUUUACCAGCGAUUAAAAUGCAAAUGCAAGUCAUACAGAACUCAUCAGCUGAAUUAAUUUAUGAAUUUAUUAACUCAUUAAUUCCUGGACUCAUUACUGCCUGUAAUCAUGAAGAGAGUGCUAUUCGUAAAGCAAGUGUAUUUUGUCUAGUUGCAAUAGCUAUGAAACUUGGAGAUGAUAUUUGGGGAUAUCUUACAGAGUUGAAUGCAGGCAAAAAACGUCUUCUUAAACUCUACAUCGAUCGUCAACAAAGUUCAACUAAUUCCGAGGAUUCAAUCACCACUAAAAGUUGA